AUGUUGAAGAAGAGAAGGUGGAAGGGCAGGGUUAACGAUCAACUAAAACCUAAAAAAGGUGAUGGACUGGUGAAAGAUACUCCAAAUCAGCCACCUGGGUUAGAGGUCAGACAACUACUCUCAUGGAAUUGCCAAGGUGUGGCGUCACAAAAGUUUCACCGCACCCUUAAACAAUUAAUCCGAGAUCACAAGCCUGACAUCCUUUGUCUCUUUGAACCAAGGGAGUCAGGCGAACAUGCUGAUAAAAUUUGUUUUUCCAUCGGUUUCGAUGAAUGGGCUAGGAUUGAAGCAUUUGGCUUCUCCGGGGGCAUUUGGGUAUUCUGGAAAGACACCACUAUGGUAGACAUCCACUUCACCCAUCCCCAGUUCAUGUUGCUCAGGGUCUCACAUCUGAAUGAGCAGCAUUGGUUCCUAUCACUUGUCUAUGGUAGCCCAGACUAUUCACUCAGAAGGGAACUCUUUGCCACUCUUUCCCAGGACUCUAUAAAUUUUCACGGGUAUUGGCUUUGCAUGGGGGACUACAAUGCAGUCCUAAAAAAAGAUAAAGUAUCAAAAAAUAACUCUUUUUCCCCUACUCGUUGUGCAGACUUCGGCAAUUUGAUUUUCAGAGAAGACCUCACUGAUUUGGAUUUCAUAGGAGCAAAACUCACUUGGUGUAGGGGACUUGAGUCCUCCUCCUUCAAAGGUGCUCGGCUAGACCGCGCACUCUGCAACAUUGGAUGGAAAUCUAGAUUCCCAGAUACCGAGAUCAUUCACCUGCCAAUGAUUAGUUCUGACCAUACUCCUCUUCUGCUGAGAACUACAGCCAGAACUAAUGGGAACAAUGUUAAGAAAUUCAGGUUCAAUGCUAUGUGA